AUGGAAUCUAGACCCAAGGUAGGCCGUCUGCUCUACUCGCUCGGCCUUGUCUUCCAAGAUACGAACAAAGAUAGAUCGGCACAACUCGGUCCCAUGAAAACUCCCAAACCCGUUAACAAAGACGCGACAGAUCGCAACGAGCGGUUCUCCAUCGAUGCACAUAUUGGAAAGACCCUCUCUCGCCCUGCUUCCUACUGCACGACCACCUACCCCAACGACGACCUGCAAAGUCGCAGCCAACACGCUCAGAUCCCGCAGCUUGUGCUCGCCAUGGCGGCCCUGCGCCUCGAGCACAGGAAGACGGAGCAGAUGGUAGAGAAAGAAUACGAGGUGCUCGAUCCGAGUAGCACGGCAACAGGAUCCAAGCAUGCGGUAGCUCUGGACGACGAGUAUGUGUUUGUGGACAAGUGA